GGAGGCCCCCAUGCAGGAUGCGGGGGGCGUCUGUUCCGGCGGCCCCGGGGGUGCUGGAGACAGAUGGGGGCCGGGCCUGCACCGGGGCGAGAUUGAAUUUGGAGGGUCUGGGAAGAAGCGAGGCAAGUUUGUGAAGGUGCCCAGCAGUGUGGCCCCAUCCGUGCUCUUCGACCUCCUGCUGGCCGAGUGGCACCUGCCGGCCCCCAACCUGGUGGUGUCGCUGGUCGGCGAGGAGCGGCCCUUUGCCGUGAAGUCGUGGCUGCGGGACGUCCUGCGCAAAGGGCUGGUGAAGGCGGCUCAGAGCACAGGCGCCUGGAUCCUGACCAGCGCGCUCCGUGUGGGCCUCGCCCGCUAUGUCGGGCAAGCUGUGCGUGACCAGUCACUGGCCAGCACGUCCACCAAGGCCCGCGUGGUGGCCAUCGGCAUCGCCCCGCUGGGCCGUGUGCUGCACCGUCAGCUGCUGGACGAUGCCCAGGAGGACAGCCCUGUUCGCUACCCCAUGGAUGACAGUGGCGGCCAGGGCCCCCUCUGCCCCCUGGACAACAACCACUCCCACUUCAUCCUGGUGGAGCCGGGCCCGCCUGGGAAGGGUGACGGGCCCACGGAGCUGCGGCUGAGGCUGGAAAGGCACAUCUCGGAGCAAAGGACUGGCUAUGGGGGCACCAGCAGCAUCGAGAUCCCGGUCCUCUGCCUGCUGGUCAACGGCGACCCCAGCACCCUGGAGAGGAUCUCCAGGGCUGUGGAGCACGCCGCGCCGUGGCUCAUCCUGGCGGGCUCUGGGGGCGUCGCCGACGUGCUGGCCGCCUUGGUGCACCAGCCCCAGCUCCUGGUGCCCCAGGUGGCUGAGAAGCAGCUCAGAGAGAAGUUCCCCAGCGAGCGCUUCUCCCGGGAGGACAUCCUGCACUGGACAGCCCUGCUGCAGAACAUAGCCUCGCACCCGCACCUGCUCACCGUGCAUGACUUCGAGCAGGAGGGCUCCGAGGAGCUGGACACAGUGAUCCUCAAGGCGCUGGUGAAAGCCUGCAAGAGCCACAGCCAGGAGGCACAGGACUACCUGGACGAGCUGAAGCUGGCCGUGGCCUGGGACCGCGUAGACAUUGCCAAGAGCGAGAUUUUCAACGGGGACGUGGAGUGGAAGUCCCACGACCUGGAGGAGGUGCUGAUGGACGCGCUGGUGAACAACAAGCCCGAGUUCGUGCGCCUCCUCGUGGACAACGGCGCCGACGUGGCGGACUUCCUGACCUACGGGCGGCUGCAGCAGCUCUACCGCUCCGUGCGCCCCAAGAGCCUGCUCUUCGACCUGCUGCAGCGCAAGCUCGAGGAGGGCCGCCUGACGCUGGGGCUGGGCGCGCAGCCGGCCCGGGAGCCGCCCGCCGGGCCGCCCGCCUUCUCCCUGCACGAGGUGUCGCGGGUGCUCAAGGACUUCCUGCACGACGCCUGCCGCGGCCUCUACCAGGCGGUGAGCGGGGCCGGCGGGGGCGGGCGGGGGCCGUGGCGGCGGCGGGCUGACGGCCCCGUCCUCCAGGAGAGGGGCCCGGCCAGGCGGCCCCCGGGCCAGAAGGGGCUGCUGGACCUGACGCAGAGGAGCGAGAACCCCUGGAGGGACCUGUUCCUGUGGGCUGUGCUGCAGAACCGCCACGAGAUGGCCACCUACUUCUGGGCCAUGGGCCAGGAGGGAGUGGCGGCCGCUCUGGCCGCCUGCAAGAUCCUCAAAGAGAUGUCCCACCUGGAGACAGAGGCCGCGGUGGGCCGCACGCUGUGCCAGGCCAAGUACGAGCAGCUGGCGCUGGACCUGUUCUCCGAGUGCUACGGCAACAGCGAGGAGCGCGCCUUUGCUCUGCUGGUGCGCCGGAACCGCUCCUGGAGCAGGACCACCUGUCUGCACCUGGCCACCGAGGCUGAUGCCAAGGCCUUCUUUGCCCACGAUGGGGUGCAGGCCUUCCUCACCCGGAUCUGGUGGGGCGACAUGGCCUCGGGCACCCCUGUCCUGCGGCUGCUGGCCGCCUUCCUCUGUCCGGCCCUCGUCUACACCAACCUCAUCACCUUCAGGGAGGAGGCCCCUCUGAGGACAGGCCUGGAGGACCUGCAGGAGCUGGACAGUCUGGACACGGAGAAGAGCCUGCUGUGCAGCCCGGGCAGCCGGGCAGAGGCGCGGGCCGUGGCGCCGAGGACUCGGGGCAGCCGGGGCCCGCACGCGGCCUUCCUGCUCACGCGCUGGCGGAAGUUCUGGGGCGCGCCCGUGACCGUGUUCCUGGGCAACGUGCUCAUGUACUUCGCCUUCCUCUUCCUCUUCUCCUACGUGCUGCUGGUGGACUUCCGGCCGCCCCCGCAGGGGCCGUCGGGGCCCGAGGUCACGCUCUACUUCUGGGUGUUCACGCUGGUGCUGGAGGAGAUCCGGCAGGGCUUCUUCACGGACGAGGACACGCACCUGGUGAAGAAGGUCACGCUGUACGUGGAGGACAACUGGAACAAGUGCGACAUGGGGGCCAUCUUCCUCUUCCUCGCGGGUGUCACCUGCAGGAUGCUGCCGUCGGGGUUCGAGGCCGGCCGCACCAUCCUGGCCGUGGACUUCAUGGUGUUCGCGCUCCGGCUCAUCCACAUCUUCGCCAUCCACAAGCAGCUGGGCCCCAAGAUCAUCAUCGUGGAGCGGAUGAUGAGGGACGUCUUCUUCUUCCUCUUCUUCCUGAGCGUGUGGCUCGUGGCCUACGGCGUGACCACCCAGGCGCUGCUGCACCCCCACGACGGCCGCCUGGAGUGGAUCUUCCGCCGCGUGCUCUACCGGCCCUACCUGCAGAUCUUCGGACAGAUCCCCCUGGACGAGAUCGACGAAGCCCGCGUGAACUGCUCCGUGCACCCGCUGCUGCUGGAGGGCUCGCCCUCCUGCCCGAACCUCUAUGCCAACUGGCUGGUCAUCCUCCUGCUGGUCACCUUCCUGCUGGUCACCAACGUGCUGCUCAUGAACCUGCUCAUCGCCAUGUUCAGCUACACGUUCCAGGUGGUGCAGGGCAACGCGGACAUGUUCUGGAAGUUCCAGCGCUACCACCUCAUCGUGGAGUAUCACGAGCGCCCGGCCCUGGCCCCGCCCUUCAUCCUCCUCAGCCACCUGAGCCUGCUGCUCAAGCGGGUCUUCCGGAAGGAGGCCGCGCAGAAGCGGGCGCACCUGGAGAGAGACCUGCCUGAGCCCCUGGACCAGAAGGUGGUCACCUGGGAGGCGGUGCAGAAGGAGAACGCGCUGGGCAAGCUGGAGAAGCAGCGGAAGGACAGCGGGGAGGAGCUGCUUCGAAAGACGGCCCACAGGGUGGACUCCGUAGCCAAGUACCUGGGGGCGCUGAGAGAGCAGGAGAGGCGGGUCAAGCGGCUCGAGUCUCAGGUCAACUACUGCACGGUGCUCCUGUCCUCCGUGGCCGACACGCUGGCCCAGGGCAGCGCCUACUGGAACUCUUGGAACUUCAGCAGUGGGAGCCCACAGGCUUCUGCUGACGGAGGAGGGCGCCUGAGCGGCAGGGAGCACCCGGAGGCCGGGCCACCGCCCUCGAGCGCCUGAGCCACGUGAACUGUCAGCGCAGGGCGGCCUCUCCCGGGGCCCCGGGCCCUGAACUGAUCAUCCUGGCCCCGUGGACAAGCCAACCUCCUCCCACCUCCAGCUGGCGCCCCGUCCCUGCCAGCCCCGCAGGGGGAUGUGGCUUAUGGCCUCAAAAGGAACCACUCCCUGCCCUGCCUGGCAUCUCCUGAGCCCCUUGGCCUGGGCGUGUUGCCGGCCCCCUCCCUGACAGGCAGAGCCCCCGUGACCCCAUCCAGAACCAGCCCUCCGGGCCGGGAGAGCAGACACCUGCUGAGCCGCGUUGGGUGGGCGGUUUCCCCACAGGCCACACGGUCCUCUCCUCAACCUGUGUUGCCCGCCAAGAGACCAGUCUUUUUCUGCAA